ACAUAGUUUUGGUCCCAAUUUGUCCUGAACUGACUUUACUAGAGCUAGAUUUUCUUUUUGUUGAAGCAUUCUAGAGCUAGAUAGUUCUAGCAACUGAGCUGUAUCCUAUUUCAUGACAAUUCUACUUCUGCGUUGCCUCUGGAGUAGUGAACAUUCUAAGAAAAGUAACAUACCUUUGAUGAUUUCACUUGAGAAAUAUCAUUUUUUCUUUUCGCAAGUCAAGUUAAAUUAAACCAUCAAUAAUCAUCCAGCUAAAAAGUACACCGUGCCGUGCAGCCAUGCCAUGCUACAUAGUACAUAAUAUCAAAGGGUUUAUGGUGGACUUGGUAAAAACUCAAAACCCUAGUACGUAUUUAUAGGUGCAGAGAAAUGAGGAGUAAUACCGGCUGAUUGAGUUUAACUAGUUCAAAGUGAAGACCCUAAAAUGAAGUGGUAACUGAAAAUCACAUUAGGUGAGAUUAAGGAUCUAUAUAUACUUCCCAAUAAGUUGUCUGAAAUCAGCAAACAAAAAAAAAAAAAAAUAGAAACUUAACAUUUGUCUUUAGUUAGGAAAAAAAGGAAAAGAAAAGAAAGAAAAAUGGGUUUGAAUCCGUAUGUUGGAUAUUUUAGUUUAUUGUUCUUAUUAGAAGUAUUUGCUGCAGAAGCUGCAGAUUUUAAUGUUGUUGACUAUGGGGCUGUUGGCGAUGGCGUUAAAGAUAGCACUCAGGCCUUCAUUGAUACUUGGAAAUUAGCUUGUGCAUCAAAGGCAACGCCAUCAUAUAUCGUUCCAAAAGGUUCAUUUCGAGUGGGUCAAGUGACGUUCGAAGGUCCAUGCAAAGGUUUCAUGAAUUUCGCGAUACAAGGAAAUAUUAGGGCUGAAUCUGAUCCAAGUAAGUUCAAUGAGAACUGGAUUGUAUUCGAAAAAAUUAAGGGAAUGCAACUCUCUGGUGGCGGAACAUUUGAUGGUCAAGGUUCGGUAGCUUGGAAGAAAGAUCUGUGCAAACAGGAAGGGAAAUGCAAUACCUUACCUCCAAAUGCUCGAUUCGACUUCAUUGAAGACGCGCUUAUUACUGACAUAACGUCGCUUAAUAGCAAGCAAUUCCACAUCAAUAUAUUGUCUUGCAAAAACAUUACGUUUUCAUCAGUUACCAUAAAAGCUCCAGGAGAUAGUCCAAACACAGAUGGAAUUCAUAUGGGAUCCUCGAAUGGUGUUAACAUUACAAAUUCAGUAAUAGCAACUGGAGACGAUUGUGUUUCGAUUGGUCCUGGAAGCCAAAAUGUAUACGUUGUUGGCGUAACUUGUGGACCAGGUCAUGGUAUUAGUGUUGGUAGUCUUGGAAAGUAUAAAAAUGAAGAAGAUGUCCGUGGUGUUACGGUGAGAAAUUGUACCAUCACCGGAGCUUCUAAUGGAGUAAGAAUCAAAACCUGGCCAAAAUCACCAGCUAGUGAAGCUUCGGAUUUCAUUUUUGAUGACAUUGUCAUGGAAAAUGUUAUGAACCCUAUUAAUAUCGAUCAAAUUUACUGCCCGGAUGGGGGUAGCAGCUGCGAGGAAAUGGAUCCGUCGAAGGUAAAGAUAAGUGACGUGACGUUUAACAAUAUUAGAGGAACAUCACAGACGAGGAAUGCCAUACGUAUUGUUUGCAGUAAGGGUGUUCCAUGCGAGGAUGUAAGAAUUGGUGAAGUUAAUCUCAAGUACACGGGGUCAGAUGGACCAGCGAAAUCAGUUGUUGAAUUUGCGGAUCUUAUACUUUCCGGUUCACAAGUCCCACCAGUUACAAAUUCAGCACCAAAUUCAUCUUAACUACAUGUCUCGAUCUUCUAUCGUCUUGAUAAACUAGGUGUAGUCAGGUUAAUAUGCUAACAACUAGUUUUUGAGAAAUAGGUAGUUUUCAUGUUUCUUGAGUGAUAGGGGGAAGCAAUAAGGUUCAGUUUAGCCUGAUCCAAAUUGAUUGUACAAGUUAUCAUUAAGGCAUCAUUCAGUCUAUAAAAUAAAGUUUGUUCUGUUCACAA